AAAAUCGUCAUCUUUCCAGAAAUUGACGCGUCGUCCGGCACCGAUAAACGGAUGCGCGUUUGUCCGCCGCCGCAAUAAGGGUAACCUUCUUUUCACGAAUUCCAUUUCAAGUUUUUGGUUUGAAGAAUCCAAUGAAUGGGCUCCACUGGCGAUCUUCGCGAGCUCUGGUGUCGAGAAAUCGACCAUUCUUCAGAUUUCUAAGAUCCAUCUUCAACGAUUGGAGUCGUAGGGAGUAUCAUCGCGAUUCAUAUGAUUACACGAAGUUAUUACAACAUUGCAGAUCUAUCAGAAGCGUUCAAGAACUUCAUGCCCAGAUCGUCGUUGAAGGUCAUGACCAAAAUGGAUUCUUAGCCACGAAGCUAAUCGGCAAAUAUGCCGAGUAUGGCGAGGAAAAAAUGGGAAUUGCACGGAAGGUGUUCGAUAGAUUGCUUGAAAAAGAUGUGUUCUUAUGGAACGUGGUUAUUCAAGGGUAUGCGAAUUGGGGUCCGUUUGCUGAAGCUCUAAACCUGUAUGAUGAAAUGCGGGUCGGUGGCGAACCCACCAAUCGCUACACAUUUCCUUUUGUGUUGAAGGCAUGUGGCGCCAUGAAGAACGGUGACAAGGGGAAGAUUGUUCAUGGGCACGUUUUGAAAUGUGGGUUGGACUUGGAUUUGUUCGUGGGCAAUGCUCUGAUUGCGUUUUAUUCCAAGUGCCAGGAUGUUGAAACUGCUCGGAAGGUGUUUGAUGAAAUGUCUCUGAGAGACAUUGUUAGUUGGAACUCCAUGAUUGCUGGGUAUACUUUGAAUGGGAAAGUGGAUGAAGCUAUUAUGAUUUUCCACGCCAUGCUGCAUAAUCAAACUGCUUGCUCACCUGAUAAUGCAACUCUUGUUGGUAUUCUCCCUGCUUGUGUUACAAAAUCAGCUUCCCAAGUUGGCUUCUGGGUUCAUUCCUACAUUAUAAAGACAGGAAUGGAAGUUGGGGCCCCGUUGGGCAGUUGCCUUAUCUCAAUGUAUGCUAACUGUGGUCAUGUGAACAUUGCGAGAGACGUUUUCGAUCGAAUCAAGGACAAAAACGUCAUCGUAUGGAGCGCGAUCAUAAGGUCUUACGGAAUGCAUGGUUUUGCAGAUGAGGCAUUAAACAUGUUCACAAGUUUGGAAGAAGCUGGUCUAAAACCAGAUGGCGUGAUCUUCCUGAAUUUGUUGUCGACGUGUAGUCACGCCGGGCUUGUAGAAAAAGGGCGCGAGAUAUACGAAAGGAUGGAGGCUUAUGGUGCAGAGAGGAAAGAGGAACAUUAUGCGUGCAUGGUGGAUCUCUUAGGGAGGGCUGGUUUCUUAGAACAAGCAGUAGAGUUCAUUGAAGGCAUGCCAGUGCAGGCAGGGAAAGAUGUGUAUGGUGCAUUGCUUGGUGCUUGUAGGAUACACAACAACAUAGAGUUAGCUAAAGAAGUUGGGGAUAAGUUGUUUGUUUUGGAUCCCGAAAACGCAGGACGAUACGUGAUCUUAGCUAGUAUGUAUGAAGAUGCAGGGCAGUGGGAAGAUGCUGCUAAACUAAGGAAGUUGCUGAGAGAUAGGAAUAUUAGGAAGCCGGUUGGUUGCAGUUCAAUAGAGAUAGAUAGGAUUAAUCAUGUGUUUGGGAAGGAGGAUGAAUCUCACCCCUUCACAGAACAAAUUUUUGACACAUUGGAGAAGCUUGAAAGGGUAAUGGAUGAAAAUUUUGAACCUAUUUAAUGGAAUCCACUUUGCAA